AUGGGUCGCAAUAAGGUUGUAAUGAAGAAAAUUGAGGAUCCAGAAUCGCGUAAACACUUCUACUCAAAGCGCAAGGAUGGUCUUGUUAAGAAGUCGAAUGAGUUGGGAGUUCAUUUGAUGCAGAGUCUCGCACAAUCAAAAGCUGAAAGAGAAAUGAUUGAAAAGAUUUCUAUGUAUGACACUCCACUUUUCUCGAUUGAGGCUCAUAAGGAGAAGCUUAAUGAGCUACAAAAAACACUAAGUGAAGCAAAGGAGAAAAGAAGUUCUUAUGAACCACAAGUGGAGAACAUCAACAAUGUUGAAGAAGCUGAUGCAUAUAAGGGGUAUCUUCUGGGUGCUAUGGAACGGGUUCAACGAUCCAAAAGGAUAUGUCUACUGCAGGAACCAUUAGGGGAUGAAAGAUUUGAUGAACUAAAUUGGAUCACAAUGGAGAGGUAG